CGCCUGCGCCCUAGAGCUUGGAGGGGCGGGCCCAGCCGGCGGCGGGAGGCGUGGAACAGUGACGCAAGCAGCCGCGACGCCAUUUGCUGCUGCCGAACGUGGACGCAGGCACAUCUCGGAAGAACUCGGUCGCGGGACUCCUGAACACGCUACGCGGCCUCCAGUACCACCUUAGUCCCGCGCGCUCCCUCGCGUCACCCCUCGGAGGAGUCGCCGCCGCCGCCACCACCACCACCACCACCACCACCACCGCCUCCCAGAAAGAAAUCAGAGACUCCUCGAGGCCGCCGUUUCCGCCAUGCCCAAGAAUAAAGGUAAAGGAGGUAAAAAUAGACGAAGAGGUAAGAAUGAAAAUGAAUCUGAGAAAAGAGAGCUGGUAUUCAAAGAAGAUGGACAAGAGUACGCUCAGGUUAUCAAAAUGUUAGGAAAUGGAAGGUUAGAGGCGAUGUGUUUUGAUGGUGUAAAGAGGUUAUGUCACAUCAGAGGGAAAUUGAGAAAAAAGGUUUGGAUAAAUACUUCAGACAUAAUAUUGGUUGGUCUCCGAGACUACCAGGAUAACAAAGCCGAUGUAAUUUUAAAAUACAACGCAGACGAAGCUAGAAGUCUGAAGGCCUACGGCGAACUUCCAGAGCAUGCUAAAAUCAAUGAAACCGAUACAUUUGGUCCUGGAGAUGAUGAUGAAAUUCAGUUUGAUGACAUAGGAGAUGAUGAUGAAGACAUUGAUGACAUCUAAAUCGAACUCAACAUUUUACAUUCCAAUUUUUCCGAAGAUCGUCCUACAGUUUGGAUUUCGGCCAAGACCCUUAAAGAAGAUUAAAAUUUCAUUAGCAUGAAUGCAAUUUGUUAAAGCAGACUGAUUUGUUUCUAAGAUAUUUGUGUUCUUUAAAAACUGAUAAUGCCGAAUUAUGUUGAAAUGUUAAGCCCACUUUGUUCUUUUGAUGUAAUGGAGCUUAUGGGUAGAAGACCACAGCACCUAUUUUAAAAAAGAAAAAAAAAAAUGCAUUGCUGCCUUUCCUACUUUGACCACUUCCAGUAAGUAAAUGGAUGUUUUGAAUAAACCAUUUGCCUUGUACUCAUUAUGAAUUAUGAUUAAGCCCUAGUUUUGACUAGCCUGUUGACUGUACAGAAUCUAUGUGUAUAUUCCAGUUACCUAGAUGUUCCUUUGAGAUUUUGAUAAAAUUCGAAGGAGGCAAAAAUCUGCAUUUGAAGUCAAAAGUGAUAAGUCCGUUUUACAUAUUUAAGUAGCAUGUGGCUAUUUUUAUACUAAUUUUGAUAUCAUGUACAUUUUUUUCAUGAUCUCAUUUUGCCACCAUAAACUUAUCCAAAAAAGCAUUUCUAAAAUGUACUUUUUAAAACCUGGGUUUUAAUAGCAAUUUUGAAUUUGUAAGCUUGGGAGUUACAGAAAUUGAACACUAGGUGGCACCCAGUUAUCAUAACAUUGGAAAUACUGAUACAAUUCUUGACCUUUUUUUCUGUGCAGAAAAAAUUUCCCAAACGUGAAAAGAUUGUUAUGAUCAUAUGCAUGUAUGUAGAAUAUUUUUACAGAACAGAAAAAUUAUGUUAAAAGUGUUAUUUUAUUUUCAGACGUCAAAUACAUGUAAGCUACAAUUUUGAGUGCAUUUUGAACUCUUAAAAUAUAUAUGAAUGAAAAUUUAAUUUCAUAACAACUUGUACAAAUCAAGCUGUUUUCAACAUAUCCCUAAGCUGGGGAAAGGAGGGAAUAACAGCUUAAUGAAAAGAUGGUCUCCAAUUUCUGAAUGGAAGAACUAUAGCUGAGAAAUAUAAUAAAAUGUCAUGCUGCAGAGUAUAUUAUACCCUUACUUUGUGUUAAGCAUGUAUUUUAUUAUGUGGAGAGGUUUUUUUUUUUCCCCUUGUGUUGGGAACUAAAUUUACCCUUAUUUUGUUUUUAGUUAUUCACUCUAAUGAAAUUAGGGCUGAACUAGUUUAACCUCACUAGCCACAUUGAAAUCACAUGCAACUUGAAAAUAUGAUAGCCAUCAUAUAGCUUGUGACACUUUUUUUCUGUUGGUCUCCAGAGAACUUUUUGGUGAUGAAAAGUAAUACAUGGGGUAACCUUCACAUGGCUUCCAAGGAGAGAAAAAAAGCAAAUCUUCCCUAAUCUGCUCUCACUAUAAGUUCCUUCCCUAAGUAUGCUAACUCUGGAUUGAAAACCUGAGGUACUAUAAAACAUUAAGUUGAAGAAUAGAAAUUAAGAGUGCAUAAUUAUGGUGGUGGUUUCUUACUCUCUGGCAUCCCUGAAUACUUAUCUUGGUGGAAUGCAUCUGAGACCAAAGGCCGGUUUUUAAUACUCCUAAGAAACCAGCCUUGAAGAAUUGACUUAAUGAUUGUCUUCAUCAGUAAUCUAAACCUCCUGAGAUAUUUAGGCUUCUGUACAUAAAGUGUUUUGAUAAAUUUACAGUAUAGAUGGAUCCUUCUAUGAUAUUUUACUGAGAAUGUUUGAGCUUGCCAUAUGUGAUAUAGUUCCUGAUAGGGAUAGUGCAACUCAAAUAUUUUUCUGCUUACCUCCUCUAACAAAUAUGGUUAGUCUGAAAAGUUUUUAAAAAUUACCACUAUGACCCCAAUUCAGGCAUUUGCUGGUAGUCAAGGUUUUUUCCUUGCCUAGAUAGUAACAGCCUGAUCUAGUGCUGUUCUUUCUGGAAAAAUCUCAAAUCAUAAUGAUUAUAGCGUAAAGUUGUAGCUCAUAUACAACACUACUUGGAGGAAUUGUUUCACUAAUUUGUAUUUAAUGUGGAAACUGUGCAGUUUCAUUGAUUAUAUUUCAAAUAAGGAAUGGAAGUGGUCUUGAAGAAGGUAUUUUUGAUUUUUAAAUUUUUUGUUGUUUUCUUGGUUAUACACUUUGGUUCCUAUAAUACGAUGCUAUGAGCUAUGCCCAGAAACAAAAUAAAAUGUUUGAAAUCCAAGAAUAAUGGUUCUUACUGUUAAGAGAGUGUAAUAGUUAUUACUAGUGAAUUUGAUGGGGUUGCAUUUUUCAUGCAGUGUUUGUUCCACUUCCAGUUAGAGUAUAAAUAUGUUGUAUUAUUAAGGUGUCUAAAAAACCAAGCAUUUGUGUAAAAAAUUUGCCAAGAUUUGUUUGACUGUUAUUUUUUAAACACCCAGCCUCUAAAGAGACUACGUCUUCAGGAGCCUGUAAACUAUGCAUGAUGGAAAUUUUUGUAUUUCAUUGAGGAAUGGCCAUUGGUUUACUUACCACAUCUAUGGAAUCGUGGCUGUAAAUAGUUGCUUACAAAACUUACAAAAGUUGUGAAUUGUAAUUUAACUUAAUUUCAUCUACCCUACGUAAAUAUUAAGUUAUGAUGUUCAAUAACAUCUUUAGUAGGUACAAACUGCUGUCAAACUGUGCAAAUAGUACAAACUGUGUCUGCUUCAGAGUAACUCUGAGUAAUAAAAUAGGUAAAAGCAUGCUUUGAAAUACCUAGCUAGAUUUGUACUUUAUUUGUAUUGUGUACAGAUUUAACAACAGCCAGUGUUUACUGUGUGUGGCUUGACAGUUUAAGUAGCAGAUUGAAAGUGAGGUUUCUUUAUGUUACCUGACUGUCAUAAAGAUGAAAAGGAUUUGUAUUGGUAUGAAGUGUUUAACCUGCUUAGUAAGGGUAAGUUUCAUUUAUACUAUUUGCACUCUCGUGUACCUUUGCACACUGCUUUUUGUUUUUGGUUUACCUUAAACCACGAUUUUUUUCAAUCCUUGCUUAUUUUCCUCCUAUUCAGAAAAGAACAAAAUCUGAAUUAAGUCUUACAAGUGUGAAAAGACACUAGAUUCUCAGGUAUAGAAUGAACUGAGCAAUUUGGACAGCGUAUUGGACUUUGUCCUCCCUCCCCUCCCCCCACCCCCCAGCUCAAGGUACUUACCAGGCAGUGUGCUGGAGAGGCAAGAGCAUGGGCCCUGGGUUCAGAUGACCUGUACCCUAGUCCCUACUCUGCCCUCUACCUGCAGGUAACCAUAGGCACCUUCUCCAGCUUGCCUAGGCUUCAGGGGCCUCACUUGUAAGAUGAGGGUGAUGAGAACGGUACCUAUCUUACAGAGUUGUUGGCAAGAUUGAUAAUUUAGACGUUUAUAAAUAUAAUGCACUUAGAGCAGUGUCUGCCUCUUUUCACUUGAUGUCCAGGACUGUGUAAGAUAGAAGAUGCAUGUCUUCUAUAUUCUCCAUUUACCAUUUCUUUUUUGUACAGUCUUUGAUUCUUAGGAUAGAAGGAACAUGUAGAAUAUAUAUUUGUAUAUUCAUGUUGACACAGUAUUUAAAUUGUUAGCAACCUCAUUUGAUUCAAUAUAAGACUGGAUGAAUAUAAGAUAGAAGUCUCUAGGUUGCUUGAAGAUGUUUUACAAAAUACCAACUGCUUUAUAUUUCUUUAGAGAAAGUUUAUAAUUAUUGAUAGCUCUGAUAAUAUUUCAUUCUUAAGUCUUCAGUGAGUCCUUUUACUAUAGAUUCAUGACAGUUAAUUAGUACUGACUGAUCUGGAGGUUUCCUUUACCAUCAUUUGGAAUGAUGUAAAGGUACAAACUACUUCAAUUAGAAAAUAAAAUAUCAAACAACUUUCAACAGUGUAUACAAUUGAUUCUUUUCAAACUGUUUAUAACACUUAACUAUUUAAACUUUUAUUCAUGGUGAUUCUUAAAAUUGUAUUCUUUUUAAACUUAAUUUUGAUGUGUAAGGAAAGGAUAUACUCUAACACUUUAUCCAGUGUUUAUUUUUCUGGUUUUGGUUGGUUGAUCUGAAUGAAUCCAUUUAGUCAUACUCCAAAUAUAGGGUUGCGUUUUCUCAGCGAGUAGAUUUUUCACAAACCUGUGCUGAAGAAGACAUUUUCUAAUGGUGAAUCUGUUGUCCAGAAUAACUUCAAAUUGCCAAAAUCCCAUUCAACAGACCUCACUUUGUUCUAUGCAAAGACCUAUAAGUGAAGUAAAUAAAGCAUAGCAAGACUCCAUCUCUUAAUUUUUUUUUUCUUUUUUAAUUAGCUGGGCAUGGUGGUGUGCACCUGUAGUCCCAGCUAUUUGGAUGGUUGAGACAGGAUUGCUUGAGCCCAGAAGUUAAAGGUUAUAGUGAGCUUCGACAGAGCUACUGCAUUCCAGCCUGGGCAACAGUGAGACCCUAUCUUCUUAAAAAAAAAAAAAAAAAUUCCCU